CGCGCGCCGCGUCCCGACUCGACACCGCACACGUCUCGAUGUCGCUCCCGGCGGUCGUUCCGAGGCCCAUGGCGCGACCCUGCGCCCGUCGCGAGCAGCCGGCGCGCCGCCACCGUCGCGCGCAUCGUCAACGCGCCGGCGACGACUCCGUCACCGCCCCACCAUCCGUCGCCUCCGCCGAGGCUGCGGAGCUUCGCGAAGAGCUCCUCGCGCUGCUCGGCGGCGGCGACGGUGGCGGCGAGGGGCGCAUGGCGCGCACCGUCGACAGGUCGCGCCUCGAGCGACUCGUGGAACAGCUCGAGCUGCUCAACCCCACUCCGAAACCCCUCGCCGGGGGUGAAGACGCGAUGCGCCUGCUGCUGAACGAGUGGCAGCUCGUCACCACGUUCAAGCCCGGGACGGCGGACGUUCGAUUUACGGACCCGGAGUCCUGGCGCCGGUACAUCUUCGAGCAGGGUCCGUCCCCGGUGCAGUCCCUCGUUGUCGGCGCCGGGACCGUGGACAACGUCUUCCAGGUGCUCGCCGACCCAAGAGGGUCCCCGGCCAACGGGUCCAAAUGGCAAAACGUCGUCGAGUUCGGCCCGCCUGGCACGAGCCUCGUCAUCGAGGCGGCGAUGGAGGGGGUGAGGGACGACGACUCGUUCUUCUACAGGUUCUGCGGCGGGUACUUCGACGUGCAGGGGACGUGGGGAGGGCCGGACGGGACGCGAGUGCCGUACCCGGUGCCGUUUGACCUUCUCGAAAAGUUGAGGCCCGGGCAGACCAAAGGUUGGUUCGCGACGACGUACUUGGACGAGCGGUUGAGGAUAUCGCGGGGGAACAAAGGGAGCGUGUUCGUGCUGAAGCGACCGGCGGGGUACUGGGAGAAGGAGGGGGCGCGGGGGUGAGCGCGAUGGCGGUAUGAUGGCGGCGUGAUUAACACGAUAGUAGCGGCGACUGAUUCAUGACUUUGUUGCCUCUCC